GUUCAUGGAUCGGGAAGAAUUAAUAUUUUAAAAUGUCUACACUACCCAAAGGACUGGUAUAUUUUUAAGUGUAAUAAAAAAUUAAGGUUCAGAAAAGAAGAGUUUAUAUAGCAUGAUGCCAUAUGUAUGUUUGAAAAAUAUAUGUAUGCAGAUAUAUGCACACAAUUUCCCCACACUGGAAGGAUAUGCUUGCAACUGAUAAUGGGGAGUAUGUAUGAUGAAAGAGAAAUGGGAAAGGAAACAUGUAUUUUUCAUCUUAUCCAUCUCAUUCUUUCGAAGAUAGAUAGAUUUGUUGGUUUAACCAUGUGACAUACUUUUUUUUUUAAGCCACUUUCUUGAGGUCACACAACCAAAAAAGUGUACAGCUAGGAUUCCCAUGCAGACUGUGAUUCCAGAGCCCUGUGAUCCAGAACCCCUCUCAAUUCUAGCACACUGCUUCCUAACAGUGCUCUCUUAGGAUCAGGAAGUAAUUCUGUCCCUUGCUUGUAAGUUACAAAAUUUUUCAUGAAAAUGCCUGGGAGAAUGUGCUCAUUCUCCAGAAGAAGACUCUGUGCUCCAUCGCCUGCCAUCUUGGCUCCUUUUCUAUAAGACUGUGGCUCAGCCAAGAGAGGUCCAUCACCCAGAGCCAGGAAACACAGACUAAGAUUUCCAAGAGGACAGAUUACCUUAAGGAAAAGGCAUUAAGAUAAUUGGAGAGUUGGGGUUGGGCACAAGGCCUGAAAACAGUAUCAUUAGCCAACUUGGUCAAUGGGCAGGUGCAGAAGGUGGCAGAUAAAUGCAGACAGAAUCUAUAUUUAUACUUCAGUAUCAGUGUUCAGAACCCACAAAAUAAAUGAGUGAAUUAAAAACCUUGGCAGCAUCUAAGUACCCAGACAUAAACUCUUAGUUCUAAGCUUAACUCCUAUGAACUUCUCUGUGAUUUGAGCAUAUUAUUUAGCUGCUCUGGGUUUCUUUCCCCAUUGGUUAAAUGGACAGCACUGUCUGUCCUGGCUGCUUCACAGAGUUGUAAGGGACAAAUAAGGCAAGAAUGUGCUUUGAAAAUGCAAGGCAUCAUACAGAAUGAGAGGUUAUUGUUAAUGCCUCUGAGACUUACCUCACAGAAGGAGAGCUAUUUUGAGACAGGAAGAUGGGAGGAAGCAUCAGAAAAGCAUUGCUGGUAACAAGGUAGGCACACCUCACCAACACAGGGAAGGAACCUCUUGGAUCAUUUACUCCAGUUCCUUCUGUUUAUAGUCGUGGACGAAGACCUACGGAGUCCUCCAGAUCUGCAGAGCAGUGAGAGUGCCAUGCAUAGACUAUUAUUUAAACCCAUAAGUAAGAUGGAACCCUAAAAGGGACGGGAUGUGCUACAGGCCCCUUGCCCAAGGGGCUUGCUGAGCUGUGAACGUUGAACAGGGUUCUGGAAGCAAGCUGAUGAAGCUUAGUAAGGAAUUGGGGCAGAGGUAGGGGGAUGGACUUCAGUGAUCCAGCUCCAGGAUGGCUGAAUGCCUCUGAGGAGCAAUUUGAGGGUAGCCAGGGACUUGGAUAGGACAAAUGACAGCUUCCUAGAACAGAUUGUUCCAGAACCAGAUCGGAAAGGAAAUAACCUGGCCUCGUCCUGGGUAGUUCACAGGAACCGGUGUAGGAAGUAUUUGUAGUGGAACUAGUGCUCACAACAUCAAGUCCCUUUUGCACAGAAGAAAGAAAAUGGGAAAAGACACAUGCAACGCAGCAUACAUGACAAGUCAGUUUUUGUAACGGUGGGAAUGAGGAUGGCGGGAAUGAAUGAGCACAGGGAGACAGUGCUGUGCAGCCCAACGACUCUGGACUCAGACUUGGGUGUGAAUAUUGGUUCUGUCACUCACUUGCCAUAUGACCUUGAAUGUGCCAUUUUUAUCCCCUGAGUCUUGGUUUCCUCAUCUCGAAAGUGAAUGCCUUUCUCCCUAUCUCAUAAGUUGUUAUGAGGACUAAACGAGAUGUUCUUGAAAGCAACUAGCACAUAAGUCCUAGGACAUGAUGCCCAAUAAAUGUUAGUUUAUCCCUUUGUUUUGGAGAGGGACUUUUAGAAAACCGCCAGUGAAACAUACUAAUUUGAAAUUUCAAGCACUGGGGAAGCAAGCCCAACCUAGGUAGCAUGUGGAAAGGCCCUUUUUACAGGGCCAAGUGCUUUCGGGGCAAAAAAGUCCUUGGAGAUUAUGAUAUCAAAGUGGAACAGGCAGAAUUUUCAGAGCUCAACCUGGUGGCCCACGCAGAUGGGACCUAUGCUGUGGAUAUGCAGGUGCUCCGGAAUGGCACAAGGGUUGUCCGGUCCUUCCGACCAGACUUUGUGCUCAUCCGGCAGCAUGCGUUUGGCAUGGCAGAGAAUGAGGACUUCCGCCACCUGAUCAUUGGCAUGCAGUAUGCAGGCCUCCCCAGCAUCAACUCCCUGGAAUCCAUUUACAACUUCUGUGACAAGCCGUGGGUGUUUGCCCAGCUGGUGGCCGUCUACAAGACACUGGGAGGAGAAAAGUUCCCACUCAUUGAGCAGACAUACUACCCCAACCACAAAGAAAUGCUGACUCUGCCCACGUUCCCUGUGGUGGUGAAGAUCGGCCAUGCUCACUCAGGCAUGGGCAAGGUCAAAGUGGAAAACCACUACGAUUUCCAGGACAUUGCCAGCGUGGUGGCCCUCACCCAGACCUACGCCACAGCAGAGCCUUUCGUCGACGCCAAGUAUGACAUCCGGGUCCAGAAGAUAGGCAACAACUACAAGGCUUACAUGAGGACAUCGAUCUCAGGGAACUGGAAGACAAACACUGGCUCUGCAAUGCUGGAGCAGAUCGCCAUGUCAGACAGGUACAAGCUGUGGGUGGACACCUGCUCUGAGAUGUUUGGUGGCCUGGACAUCUGUGCUGUCAAAGCUGUACAUGGCAAAGAUGGGAAAGACUACAUUUUUGAGGUCAUGGACUGUAGUAUGCCGCUGAUUGGGGAACACCAAGUGGAGGACAGACAGCUCAUCACCGAACUGGUCAUCAGCAAGAUGAACCAGCUGCUGUCCAGGACCCCUAUCCUGUCUCCUCAGAGACCCUUAACCACUCAGCAGCCACAGAGUGGAACACUUAAGGAUCCGGACUCGAGCAAGACCCCACCUCAGCGGCCAGCCCCCCAAGGGGGCCCUGGGCAACCCCAAGGAAUGCAACCCCCAGGCAAGGUGCUGCGUCCACGCCGGCUCCCCCCUGGACCGUCACUGCCACCUUCCUCUUCUUCCUCCUCCUCCUCUUCUUCCUCCUUCUCGGCUCUUCAGCGGCCGGGCGGCCCCACCACCCACGGAGAUGCACCCUCCAGCAGCAGCUCCCUGGCCGAGGUCCAGCCACCCCCGGCUGCUCCACCACAGAAGCCCCAGCCUCACCCACAGCUCAACAAGUCGCAGUCCCUGACAAAUGCCUUCAGCUUCUCUGAGUCCUCCUUCUUCCGGUCUUCAGCCAUUGAGGAUGAAGCCAAGGCAGAGAGCAUCCGGAGCUUGAGGAAGUCCUUUGCCAGCCUCUUUUCAGAUUAGCUCUGCAGACACACAGGGGCACCCAGCCCAACUGGGAAAGGCGUCCAAGACAUUUGCCAACAACAGUCAGCCACACUCGGUGGUGAUGUCCCAUGACCUUAACGUGUGUGGCCCCCUCCUCUGCUCUGUUGCGUUCAGUGCUGUGGUGCAGCUCAGAAAGGACCAGGUGAAGGUCUCAGAGCAGGCGCCUACCCAGCGAGGGGCACCUGACGUCAGAGAGGAUAGAGCUGCUUUCCUGUAGUCGUGAGAGCUUCCUCUGAGAUCCUCGUUCGCUGUGACUUUAGUGGCCUUAUUGUGAUAGCACCAUCAUGUCUUAUUCUUUCUUUGAAACCAGGAUUCCCUUCACUGAGGACACCUGGUUGCUUAACCGAGCUCAGAUGCAGUGCUAAGCAUGCCCCCCUGUAGUCAGUGCUACCUGUUUGGGGAGAAUAUACUUACCCCAAAAUAACUCUCGGCUCUAAGUGUUAGGGACUCACCCACACCUGGAUCCCUUGUCACACCUGUUUAGCUGUUGAAAACACACCUGCCCAGCACACAAGAUUCCUCGAUUGCUGUGGUAGUGAAGCACCUGUAGUCUGCUGACCGGAGAGAUCAAGGACCUACAGUCCCCCUGCCGCCUCCGGCGCCGUUCUCCCGUGUGGGGCGCAGUGAUCUUGAGCUCCUCCGAAACUGUGCUGUAGAGAAUGCAUGCCAGUAUGCCAAGUUUUGUGUUCCUCUCCAAAUAAAUGUUAAGACCUUUGGUGUAAUAAAAGCAGCAGCAUUAA